CGAAGACAAGCGGGAACUUGGGAGGCUGAAGGAGCAGGACACAGAAAUGGUUGCUCACUCUUUCACCCAGCCUGGAGUGCAGUGGUAUAAUCACAGCUCAAUGGGGUCCCAAACUCCUGGUCUCAAGGAAUCCUCCUGCCUCAACCUCCUGAAUGCUGCAGCUACAUACAGAUCAGCACCAUCAUGCCUGAGUUUACCUUCCAGCAGCCCUACGACCAGGCCCACCUGCUGGCAGCCAUCCCACCUCCGGAGAUCCUCAACCCCACGGCUUCACUGCCCAUGCUCAUCUGGGACUCUCUCCUGGCACCCCAAGUGCAGCCAAUUCGGUGGGCCUCCUUCCAUCCCCAGGAGAGCCCCAAGGUGGCAGAGUUGACCUCACUGUCCGAUGAGGACAGUGGGAAAGGCUCCCAACCCCCCAGCCCACCCUCUCCAGCUCCAUCAUCCUUCUCCUCCACUUCAGCCUCUUCGUUGGAGGCCGAAGCCUACACUACCUUCCCAGGCUUGGGCCAAGUGCCCAAACAGCUGGUCCGGCUUUCUGAGGCCAAAGACCCCCAGUCCCGAAAGGCUUUCAACUGCAAAUACUGCAACAAGGAAUACCUCAGCCUGGGUGCCCUCAAGAUGCACAUCCGAAGCCACACGCUACCUUGCGUGUGUGCAACCUGCGGGAAGGCCUUCUCCAGGCCCUGGCUGCUGCAGGGCCAUGUCCGAACCCACACUGGUGAGAAACCCUUCUCCUGCCCCCACUGCAGCCGUGCCUUCGCUGACCGCUCAAACCUGCGGGCGCACCUCCAGACUCAUUCCGAUGUCAAGAAGUACCAGUGCCAGGCGUGUGCUCGAACCUUCUCCCGCAUGUCCCUGCUCCACAAGCACCAAGAGUCAGGCUGCUCAGGGGGCCCCCGCUGACCCUAGAGGGUCCAUUUUCUUCUCCAUGCCCAUUUCCCCCAGCAGUCUCCCCAGCUCUAAAAGGAAGGAUCCCCACAUCCUUCUCACUGCCACAGAAUUCCCUUCUGAGGUCUCUGCUUCCAGCUGUGUUGGCCCCACAUGACUUUGAAGACUGUUUUCUGGUUGUUUUCUCUGCUCUGGGUGCCUCAGUGUACUCCAGAAGAGGCCUUUCUGCGGCCAUUUCUGUGGAUGGCUGAUUUGGAGGGCAGUUUGCAAAGGAGACACUUCUUGCAGCCCCUGCUCUCGAGCAUUCUUGAGUUAGCCUUUCUGUGUGGGUUUGUGUAUCCAGAGCUGUUUGGAUAUAGCUGCUUCAAGCUACAGGACAAAAGCCAACAGACUGACUGAGAAGCUCUCACCCCACUCAGGGGACCCUACUCCUCUUCAUCACCGUGUCCCACCCAAGGAACCCUCAGGCCAUCCUCCAAGAGGUGUGACUAUGCAAUAAUCCACCCCCCAUGGACUAUGCAGUGUCCAUGGGGCCUGCGGGGGCAGUCUGGACAUGUCCUGGUGUCUAGACCCUGAGAUGCCCCUGGGCCUGGGCAGCUAUUUCAGCCUCCUAUUUGUUCUGGUGGCACCUGUUUCACGGGCAAUUUAACUGUCUCAAGAAGGACUGUGAGUAAUGGCAGUCACUUGUCCAGGGCCCAAAUGGGGUGCUCUGGCCUGACUUAUGUGUCUCCCAGAACUAUUUUGGGGGCCUGACAGGUGGGCCUGGGAGGAAGAUGUUUACAUUUUUUAAAGGUACACUGGUAUUUAUAUUGCAAACAACAUUUUGUAUUAAGGAAACGUUUUGUAUAGUUAUAUGUACAGUUUAUUGAUAUUCAAUAAAGUGGUUAAUUUAUAU